AUGCGACAACCACUGUUCCUACAGUGCAAUAGGGCAGACGGACUCUCCCUGUUCGAUCUCACCUCUGGUGCCUCCCCUACCCCGCCUACUACUGCUGACAGCACUGUUCGCUCACAGUGGGACACACGCGAUGAUGCUGCCCGUCUUGCUGUGCGUCGCCACUUACCGACCACUGAGCGUGCGCACUUUAGCCAGUACAAGAGUGCUCAGACCUUGUGCGACGCUGUAGUUGCACGCUACUCCUCCCCUGCCACUACUGCGCUUAGCCGCCUCAUGCUGCCGUACCUGUUCCCUGAACUUGCUGCCUUUCCCACAGUCGCUGACCUCAUUACGCACCUUCGCACUAGUGACACUCGCUACUGCACUGCGCUUCCUGCUGAGUUCCGCGCCAAGAACAACCCCCCCAUGUACAUCACCCUCUACUACAAAGUCACCCGGCUCCCUGACUCCCUUCGCCUAGUCAGGGACCACUUCCUCUUAGUUUGCCCCACCACACUCACCGUAGACCUCCUCGAGGAGCGCCUCCUAGCAGCAGAGAAGAGCAUAGUUGCUGUAGGAGCCUCUCGUGGUGACCCUCGCACCCCAGUCUUUGAGGGGUGUUCCCCCUCCCCCCUCUUGCCCUCCGUUACUUCUGUUGCUGCUGCCAACCUCGUUGGUUUCUACGGGGUCGGCGCUGCGUCUGCCCCUAGCGGGAGACGCCGCACCGGCAAGGGCAAGGGGGGCAAGGGCGCUGGAGGGGCUGGCGGGGGCGGUGGAGGUGGUGGUGGAGGCAGUGGAGGGGGUGGGGGUGGUGGUGGGAGUGGUGGCGGGGGUGGAGGUGUCGGUGGCAGCAGUGGAGGCGGAGGAGGCGGCAGCAGUGGCGGAGGGAGCGGAGGCGGCGGAGGUGGCGGAGGCGGCGGAGGUGGCGGAGGCGGCGGCGGCAGCGGUGGAGCUAGUCGCGGCUCUGCGCAGAGGAGUGGGUCUGGUGGCGGUCCGCGCCUGUAG